AUGCAUUUCAACAACCUCUUCACUUCCAUUGGGGUAAUGGCUUUACUGCCAGCCUUUGCUCUGGUGAUGGCCGACAACUGCCAGAUAACGCCAUCAACUGAGAACUUUACCAUCCCACUCGACUUUUGUUUUUUCCACGACUUUGGCAUAGUCGAUGUCCGAGUCGAGAUACCAGGAGCCAAUCUCAGACCCAAAGACAAGGCCGAUCACCUGGAGCUUCCCGCUCACGUCAAGGCAAAUGCUAGCCCCAUUCAUCUGGAUGAGACGUAUGGAGUCAACAUUUACUUUAAAAACGACUGGACGAAUGCCCAUCGUUGGGAAGUAAAUGUUCCUCUUAUCGUGUCACUCUACGUUGAUCUACAGACGCGAAUUGAUCGGUCAAAUUGCAAGCUUGGGUUGAAACUUCACUUGACAGGCUCGGGUGCCUUGGGAGCUCUGGAUGAAAGUAUCCCCCUAACCGAAAUUGACAAUGACGGAAUUAAGUUUCUCGCACAGAGCAUGGGGCUGUGUUCUUAA